AGAAUCGUCAAUCCGCUGACCAACAAACAAACAAACAUCCAAGAUGGCGUCUUCCAUGGGUGGAAUGUUUACAGGACAGCAGCAGCAGCAGCAGGCGCCACCGCCACCGCCUUCAGGCACUCACCCGCCUCCUCCCGGUCCCGGAGCUCCGGGAAACAGAGCUUUGUGCAACACUUUAGUCGAUGAUCUGGAGGCUUCAUUCGAAGCAUGUUUCGCAUCUUUAGUCAGCCAAGACUAUGUGAACGGUACAGACCAAGAGGAAAUCAGAACAGGGGUUGACCAGUGCAUCCAGAGAUUUCUCGAUGUAGCCAGACAGACCGAAUGCUUUUUUCUUCAAAAAAGGCUACAGCUGUCCGUACAGAAACCAGAACAAGUAGAGAAAGAGGAUAUAUCGGAGUUGAGGAACGAGCUCCAGAGAAAGGAAAUGCUGAUACAGAAGCACCUCACCAAGAUUCAUCACUGGCAGCAGGUGCUGGAAGAUAUAAACGUCCAGCACAAAAAGCCUACGGAGCUACCACAGGGGCCGCUGGCCUUUUUAGAACAAGCCUCAGCCAACCUGCCUGCUCCCAUGAAACCCAACUGAGCAGUGCCUCUGAUAGUGUGUGUGUGGUGUCAGUCAAGUAUUUUAAUGUUGUGAUGCAACAUUUGCCUGAAUCAAUCCAGUGCUUUGUCGAGACACUCACAGUCUGGAUUGUCAUUAAAGCCUGUAACUGAGAUGGAAAUUUCUCAACUCAGAUGGCUUUUGGGUUUUUUGCUCGCAAAGUUCGGUUCAGAGCAGUAAAAUCAAGAUACUGAUAAUACUUAUACAAUAAACAUCAAGCAUCUGUGUAGUCAAGUGUGUGGAAGUUGGAUCUUUUUGGUAAUUAUUAGAAUAAACAUUAUAUUUUGUA